ACACUGCUCCACUGUUAACUGCGUAAGCACUUUCUUUUAUGUUAUUAUCGCUCCAAUAAACGUGUUUAACUUUUGUUUAUUUUGUAAUGCUGCCCAAAACCCCAAAGCCCGCCAUCUGGAGAUUCAUCAAGGGUAGUGCCAAGACUCUGUUUGUCCUAGAGGCGGUGUGCUUUGCCGCCAGCUACGGAGUCUAUUACCGCAUGAACACAAACCGAGAAUUCCGCCAGCACAUACACGAAAACUAUCCGUUCGUCCUUGACUACUACUACAAAAUCGGAGAAAUUGUGGGUGACAGCAAGGCCAGGCAAACGGAUGCGAAUUAUUGGAGUGCCUUGAAAAAGAGCGACUCAUAG